AUGCAAAAUCAUUUUACUUAUAUCUAUCUGCUCUUUUCAAAUUUGUUCCCGGCUGCUAUCGUGCGACACAAUUAUAUUUUUCUCUCGUUCUCCUUACUCACUCUCUCUUUCUCACACUUAACAUCUAUCUAUCUAUCUAUCUAUCUAUCUAUCUAUCUAUCUAUCUAUCUAUCUAUCACAGUCUAUUCCUUAUCUAUAUAUCUAUCUGCCGUCUUUCAUUCUUUUUUGAGCCUAUUUUUUGAGUCGUCUGUCUUUUUCUUUCAUAAUCUACUGUCAAUUUUUCUUCUCUUGUUUCUGUUUCAUUCUUACACUCUCUUUCUUUUCACUUCAUCUUUCGAGCAUUUCUUCAUUCAGCAACAUUUUCUGAGAUUUCUCUGCCUUUUCCUAUAUCUUAUUCACUUGGUUUAUCUAUCCACGUGGUUCUUUUUACACUUUUUCUAUUUUCUUUCUAUUCCUAUAUUACGCUUUUCUUUUUCUGAUCACUCAUUUCUCCCUCUUCUUUCGCUUAGUCUUUCUUUAUCCAUUUUGUUUUCUCUCUCUCUCUAUCUAUCUUUUUCUCUAACUAUCUAUGUCUUUUCCAAACGAUCUAGUUAUCUUCAUCUUAUCUCUUCAUAUACCAUUUUUAUCGGCUCCUGUCUCUCUCUGUUCCUCAUUCUUCUCAAUAUGUCUUUCCCAUCGUUUUUAAACGCUAAACUUACUCUGUUUUUUUCUACUCGUCUCUCUAAUAUUUAUCACUUUUUCUCUCUUUCUAACCGAUAUACAUUGACCUCUUUUUUCCUACAUGUCGUCUUUUUCUAUCACUAUUUUCCUCCCUACGUAUUUCUAGUCGAUCACUCUUUUCCUCUGUAUGUCUUUUUAAUCUAUCAUUCUUUUCCUCGCAAUGACUUUCUAAUCGCUCACUCUUUUUCUCUCUAUGUCUUUAUAUCUAUCAGUCUUUUCCUCUCUGUCUUUCUAUUUUACCGCUCUAUUUCAUUCUAUGUUUUUAUCGUCUAUCACUUUUAUUCUUCUCUAUGUAUUUCAAGUCUAUCACUCUUUUCCUCUCUAUGUCUCUCUAGUGUAUCAUUCUUUUUCUCGCUAGGUCUUUCUAAGUCUGUCACAUUUUCCAUUCUAUGUUUUGCCAGUCUUUCACUCUUAACCUCUCUAUGUCUAUCACUCUUUUCUUCUCUACGUCUUUGUAGUCUUUCACUCUUUACCCCCCCUAUUCUAUCACUCUUUUCUUCUUUAUGUUCCUCUAGUCUAUCACUUUUUCCACUUUAUAUAUCUAGUCUAGUACUCUUUUCUUCUCUCUAUAUUUCUAGUAUUUCAAUCUUUUUCAUUUCUAUGACUUUCUUUCUUCCUUCCUUCUUUCCUUAA